AUGCAAUAUCAGUCAAUUCUUCGAUUCUUAUCGAUAUUAAUAGUGUUACCAUUAGUAACAAAAAGUUUUAUUCUGUUUCAUCAUUGUCAAAAUCGUGUAAAACGAACUACGACAGAUGAAUGUUGUGUUUCAGCUAAACUUAAUGUUGGUGCUAAAAAAUCGAAUAAUGGUCGAGAUUUUUUUCGUCGAUUAUCAAGUCAAUCUGAUUCAUAUAAAGAAGUUAAUCCUGAAAAUAUGUGUAAUCUUAUUCAUUUUCUUAUUCAAGAAGCAUCACUCAACAAUAAAUCCGUUACAUUCACUAAAGGUAUGUUUGUUAUUUUCGAUUCGACAAAUCAAAUUUUUAACCAAUUAAUGAAAGCUAAAAGUGAACAAAAAUCUGGCGAUGAAGCGAAAUAUGCGGGUUAUUUUGAACGUCUUAAACAUAUGGGUCAUCAAGCUAUUGAUUAUUUUUUUAAACAUUUACUUAAAAAAUCUGAUCGAAUCGAAUCGGAUACAUUCAUUUAUGUUCGAGGUGAUGAAAGUUCUCAUUAUCAUGGAGAACGAGGUUCAAAAUGGGAUCGAACACGUAAUUAUCCUGCAUACGGAAUGGAUAUUCCUGGUGCUUGUAUGCCUAGUGGUUUUGGUCAUAUUCUUUUCGGUAGACUUCCUCCUAUUCAAAUUCAUGGUAAAUAUGCUGGUGAACGUAUUUAUAUAAAACCGGAAUUAUUUGGUAUUCGUCAAUUAAAACAAUUUAUUAAACAUGCCCAAUCUUAUUUUGAACAUGUAUCCCGACGAUAUGUAUGCCAAAUAAAAGAAAUGCAGACGCAACCUGGUUGUUCAAUAGAAGAUGCAUUUCGAGAAAAUACGGAUAAAAAAUUAUUAGAAAAAUGGAGACAAGUUUUAACGACAAUUCCAUCUAUAUCGAAUAUUGACGAACAAUAUAUGAAAAAUGCAACGAAAUAUGGAAUUGGUGAAAUUGAUCGACAAUCAAAAGAAUUAGAAGCUGCUGGUCAUAGUGAAAUAAUUAAAGAAUUUCGUGAUGCGAUGAUUAAACAAUAUGGACAAGAUGAUAUCAGUGUACGAAAAGGUCGAGAAAUUAUAUUUACAACACAAGGAUUAUCAUAUAGUCCAUUGACAUGUGAAUUCUUAAGUGAAAUGAAAACAUGUUGA